GAGAGUGUUCACUUGCUCACUCCGUCUGUUUCCCUUCUACAUUCCGGCCAAAUCAGAGCGCAUCAAACGUCUGCGUCGAAACAAGCAGCGAUUUUAUCGCGAGCCGAUCGCUCGUUGGCCGUGCAGCAUUUCUAAUUCGAUUCUUUCCACAUUUCCAUUUCCCCUUUUGUCUUUCCUGGACUUCCUGCGCUUUUUUUUUGUUGAAGCAAUUAUUCCUAGCUGAUUUCCUGUUGGCCGCCGUAAUAUUUUGGCAGUGAUUGUGAAGAGUCAGAUUAACACACCUCUCCGCAUCCGGGAUCUGAGGAUAAUGGCGUUGCGUGUGGACGUGGCGAAAAUGAUGGAGAAGGCUGUGGCUGUGAUUGUCAUGUGCGCAAUUUUAGCGCCAGGAAGUGCAGUGGCGAUGCAGUGUGGCGGGGAUGCAGCUGGCACUGCCUUCAGUUGCCCGAACUUCGCCUCGACGCUCGUGCAGACGGUCAGCGGCGGCUCCGGCGACCUGUCCUACUGCUGCAAGUCGGCGGCCCGCGGGCCCUACUGCUGCGACUGGAAGGACUACGGCGCCUACCUCGUCGGACUGGAUCCUCACGGGCUGGCACUUCCGGUGGGCGCGAUCAUCGGGAUCGUGGUGGGCGCGGUGGUGCUGAUGGUCCUGUUCUGCGUGUGCUGCUGCUUCUGCUGCGGCCUGUGCUGCUUCCGCGGCCGCAAACGCACCAUCACGCAGCACCACACCGUCGCAUUCGCGCCCCGUCAGCCGAUGACCACGACCGUCGUCGCCGCCUCGCCGCCCCCCUAUAAUCCCCACUUUGCGCCCCAAUCCAAGAUGUGAAACAUCCGCGUCUGCGAACUCUUCUUGCCGGAGAAAAUUGUUGUUAAAUUUGUGUAGAAACUAGAAACUGAUCGCGCAACGGGAGUCUCAUCGAAUGUUGUUAAUGUUUUUUUUAUUCCUCUAACAAAAGUAUUCCGACUUGUACAUUUGAUCGUGGAUGACUGUGAAAUUAUUACUCGAAUAGCCAUUCAACCAGACGAAUUAAUCUCCAAGAAAAAGAAAAAUAGCGUCGCGGAGAAAAGCAAAAUAAAUAAACAAAAAAUUGCGGAUAAUUA